UGAUUCACCCUAUCUUUCCCAAUCUUGCAGCACAGUGCUUGGUAGCGUUUUCCAGGAGGACGAUCGCUCUGAGACAGCAGCCACUUCUAAACAGGCGGUUAUUGUAUUUCUGUCAUAUUGGACGGAUUGUGUUGGUUUCGUGUCUGAAGCGGCUAAAGUGGCGUAUUUUUCUUGCGCUACAGUAUUUCAAGUGAGGGCCUGUCACUGAGAAGUGGGUGUCUGCUCACUGGCGUUGAGACAGCGGCGAGUGCAGCAGUGUGUGUCCCCGAUGGCUGGGUGGAAGGACGGCUCGGUGCAGGAGAAGUAUCGGCUGGUUGUGGUUGGAGGUGGUGGUGUCGGGAAAUCUGCACUUACUAUCCAAUUCAUUCAGUCGUACUUCGUCACAGAUUAUGACCCCACGAUUGAAGACUCGUACACCAAACAGUGCGUGAUUGACGAGAGGCCGGCUCGACUGGACAUCCUGGACACUGCCGGUCAGGAGGAGUUUGGGGCCAUGAGGGAGCAGUACAUGAGGACAGGGGAAGGCUUCCUGCUCGUCUUCUCCGUCACAGACAGGGGGAGCUUUGAGGAGAUCUACAAGUUCCAGCGACAGAUCCUCAGAGUGAAGGAUCGGGAUGAAUUUCCCAUGAUCCUUGUGGGUAACAAGGCCGACUUGGAACUUCAGAGACAGGUGACCCAGGAGGAAGGUCAGCAGCUGGCCCGGCAGCUGAAGGUGACGUACAUGGAGGCCUCGGCUAAGAUCCGCAUGAAUGUAGACCAAGCGUUCCACGAGCUGGUCCGAGUAAUAAGGAAGUUCCAGGAGCAGGAGUGCCCGCCGUCGCCGGAGCCCACGCGCAAGGAGAAGGACAAGAGCGGCUGCCACUGUGUCAUCGUCUGAUUGGCACGCGGGGCCGCCAGUCAUCUAGCUGCUGUCACCAGUCCCCCCACCCCCCCCUCUGCCUUCUGACAUCACAUCCUGUUGUGGAUGACCGCUGCCUUUCGACAUGUGCAUGAGCUAAGACAGCAGUCCCUGUGCUAGCCUUAUCAGGGCCUGGAGACGCCUCGCAGCUCUCCUCACCCUGGGACUUCACUACUAGAAGAACCAAACUGACAGUAAAAACAACAACAAAACUUAACAAAACAAAACAAAAAAAAAAAAAACAGACAAACAAACACAAAAACAACAACAAAUGUUAUUGAACUCACCGCUCACCUUCAACUAGUGUUAUAUAUAUAUAUAUAAAAAAACCAUGAUGACGGAAAAAAAAGACAAGAAACCAUACAGCUUUCAGUGUGAAUAUGUCCCAACACUAAAAGAUCGCUUCUUAAAUUUGCUUAACGAUUCCAUUAUUUUUAUGUUGUAUCUCAAAGGACUUAUCUUGCCUUGUAGUCACAUUUGUAUUUUUACCGAGAUGGAAUCACAGAAAAUAUCAAUAUAUGUAUAUUAUAUCAUUAGAAUGUUAAUGAUAAACAACUGACGCAUCUGCAGGCGGUGUAGAAUGAGGUGAUCUUGUGCCGCUUUGUAUGUGCGUCUAUGCGUGUGUGUGUGUGUGUGUGUGUGUGUGUGUGUGUGUGUGUGUGUGUGUGUGCGUAUGUGCACGUGUGUGUGUGUGUGUGUGUAUGUGUGUGUGUCGUGCCAUUAUGCCUUUUAAUUUCUACUCCAUGUGCUGAACAGCUACUGUACGUGAAUGAAAUCAGUGUGAGUUGAGAACACAUUUUUAAAAACCUGAUGAUUAAAUCUUCUCAGUGCUGAGUGCAAGGUUAAUGAGCUUUGGUCCUGACCCAUGUUAUAAUGUAAUAUACAGUAUAAGUCUGUGUGUGUGUGUGUGUGUGUGUGUGUGUGUGUGUGUGUGUGUGUGUGUGUGUAGAUAACCAACAUGAACACUGGGAUCUCGUGUAUCGGCUAUUUUUUUCUGGCCGACACCCAGUAGCUGUGGUGUCUGUCACCUGAACGGCUCGUAGACUAGUCCUUGCUUGUUUGCUUUUCUCAUUGCUAAUCGGGAUCUCAGAGCGGUGUGUUGCUAGAUAGGCCAGCUCUUCUCUACCUUCUUGCUCAGCCAUUGCCUUCACAGACUAUCACACACUCAGGUUGGUGGGGAAAACAUUUCCUCCCUCGGAGAAGGAUAGUGUGUAAGAGGCCGGGCCAGUGGGGUUAGAGGUACCUUGCUAAUAUUUGUAGUUUUACAGAACUGGUUUGGGAAAAUGUACACACACACACACACACACACACACACACACACACACACACACACACACACACACACACACACACACAGAGACUCUCUCACUCUCUCUUGCCUUACAUGUUGGAAUUGAUUUCCAGAUUGAUGAUAUUCUGUUGACUGUUUCUAUCUCUGCUCAUUCUCUGGUGUGCUUAGUUGCAGUAAUGUAAGGAAACAGCAACAGUGGGAGGGUAGAACUGAGGAAUGAUGUACACUCAUGGUAUUAAUUAUUAGCCGCAGCUUGUACAACUUCCAUAACACCUCUGGAACGGACAUGAAGGGACCUUCAAACCUUCAACAUUCUCUUUGCCACGUCUGUAAUCCAUGUUUAUGUUUUUAUUAGUUGGUAAGAUGCCCCAAAUGAAUUCUUGACCAUGGAUUUGAGUGUGAAGAUUUAAGUAGUGACAGAUGUUUCCUGUAUAACACACAGACACAUACUCUCUCUCUCUCUCUCUUUCUCUCUCUCUCUCUCCUUCUUUCUCUCACACAGACACAUACAGUACAUGUACAUAAUGAAGACUAAAUAAAUGAUCUCAGUUGUGACACAUCUGGUAUCUGACAGGCUAGUAUGUGUAGCCCCUCAUCUUACAGAACUAUCAUUAAGGGUUAACAUCACUAUAAAGACAUUUCACCUUUUAGGUUUGUCUUCCUUCUUCAUGAGUGUAUUUCAGUACAAGGGAUACAAUUAAUCUAUUCUGGUUUUUGUUUUAUCAUCAUGUAAUAUAAGAUUUAAAAAAAAAAAGGUCGGAGGUGAUCCUUUGAAAGACGUGAUUAAAUGUUUUUACUAUAUACUUUUAUACAUUAUUUUCUUAUCAGACUAGUUAUCGAGUAUUUUUAUAUGUUUGUAAGUGAACCUGCUCUCAUGGCACAAGUGUGUGUAUAUGUAAAGAGGAGUAUUUAAUUCUCUUAGUUUGCUUUUAACUGAAAAUAAAAGAUGAAUGGCCAUAGCCUGCAUUGUC